GGAGAGCCCUUCCCGCGGUUCUCGCUGCCCGGCUGUGAACCAAAAAGCUGCCGCCCGCACCCCGCGAAGGUUGAGGGGGCGGAGGCUGCCAACGGCCCGCCCCUGGUCCGCCUCCGCCCCGGCAGGAGAGAGGGAGGAGGAGCCUCGGCAACAGGAAGAAGAGAAUUUAUCCAAAGAUUAAAACUUGAAGCAACCCUUAAUGUGCAUGAUGGCUGUGUUAAUACAAUCUGUUGGAAUGACACUGGAGAAUAUAUUUUAUCUGGCUCAGAUGACACCAAAUUAGUAAUUAGUAAUCCUUACAGCAGAAAGGUUUUGACAACAAUUCGUUCAGGGCACCGAGCAAACAUAUUUAGUGCAAAGUUCUUACCUUGCACAAAUGAUAAACAGAUUGUAUCCUGCUCUGGAGAUGGAGUAAUAUUUUAUACCAAUGUUGAGCAAGAUGCAGAAACCAACAGACAAUGCCAAUUUACGUGCCAUUAUGGAACUACUUAUGAGAUUAUGACUGUACCCAAUGACCCUUACACUUUUCUCUCUUGUGGUGAAGAUGGAACUGUUAGGUGGUUUGAUACACGCAUCAAAACUAGCUGCACAAAAGAAGAUUGUAAAGAUGAUAUUUUAAUUAACUGUCGACGUGCUGCCACAUCUGUUGCUAUUUGCCCACCAAUACCAUAUUACCUUGCUGUUGGUUGUUCUGAUAGCUCAGUACGAAUAUAUGAUCGGCGAAUGCUGGGCACAAGAGCUACAGGAAAUUAUGCAGGUCGAGGGACUACUGGAAUGGUUGCCCGUUUUAUUCCUUCCCAUCUUAAUAAUAAGUCCUGCAGAGUGACAUCUCUGUGUUACAGUGAAGAUGGUCAAGAGAUUCUCGUUAGUUACUCUUCAGAUUACAUAUAUCUUUUCGACCCGAAAGAUGAUACAGCACGAGAACUUAAAACUCCUUCUGCAGAAGAGAGAAGAGAAGAGUUGCGACAACCACCAGUUAAGCGUUUAAGACUUCGUGGUGAUUGGUCAGAUACUGGACCCAGAGCAAGGCCGGAGAGUGAACGAGAACGAGAUGGAGAGCAGAGUCCCAAUGUGUCAUUGAUGCAGAGAAUGUCUGAUAUGUUAUCAAGAUGGUUCGAAGAAGCAAGUGAGGUUGCACAAAGCAAUAGAGGACGAGGAAGAUCUCGACCCAGAGGUGGAACAAGUCAAUCAGAUAUUUCAACUCUUCCUACGGUCCCAUCAAGUCCUGAUUUGGAAGGGAGUGAAACUGCAAUGGAAGUAGAUACACCACCUGAACAAUUUCUUCAGCCUUCUACGUCCUCUACAAUGUCAGCUCAGGCUCAUUCGACAUCAUCUCCCACAGAAAGCCCUCAUUCUACUCCUUUGCUAUCUUCUCCAGACAGUGAACAAAGGCAGUCUGUUGAGGCAUCUGGACACCACACACAUCAUCAGUCUGAUAACAAUAAUGAAAAGCUGAGCCCCAAACCAGGGACAGGUGAACCAGUUUUAAGUUUGCACUACAGCACAGAAGGAACAACUACAAGCACAAUAAAACUGAACUUUACAGAUGAAUGGAGCAGUAUAGCGUCAAGUUCUAGAGGAAUUGGGAGCCAUUGCAAAUCUGAGGGUCAGGAGGAAUCUUUGGUCCCACAGAGCUCAGUGCAACCCCCAGAAGGAGACAGUGAGACAAAAACUCCUGAAGAAUCAUCAGAGGAUGUGACAAAAUAUCAGGAAGGAGUAUCUGCAGAAAACCCAGUUCAGAACCAUAUCAAUAUAACACAAUCAGAUAAGUUCACAGCCAAGCCAUCGGAUUCCAACUCAGGAGAAAGAAAUGACCUCAAUCUUGAUAGCUCUUGUGGGGUUCCAGAAGAAUCUACUUCAUCUGAAAAAGCCAAGGAACCAGAAACUUCAGAUCAGACUAGCACUGAGAGUGCUACCAAUGAAAAUAACACCAAUCCUGAGCCUCAGUUCCAAACAGAAGCCGUCGGGCCUUCAGCUCAUGAAGAAACAUCCACCAGGGACUCUGCUCUUCAGGACACAGAUGACAGUGAUGAUGACCCAGUCCUGAUCCCAGGUGCAAGGUAUCGAGCAGGACCUGGUGAUAGACGCUCUGCUGUUGCCCGUAUUCAGGAGUUCUUCAGACGGAGAAAAGAACGGAAAGAAAUGGAAGAAUUGGAUACUUUGAACAUUAGAAGGCCAUUAGUAAAAAUGGUUUAUAAAGGCCAUCGCAACUCCAGGACAAUGAUAAAAGAAGCCAAUUUCUGGGGUGCUAACUUUGUAAUGAGUGGUUCUGACUGUGGCCACAUUUUCAUCUGGGAUCGGCACACUGCUGAGCAUUUGAUGCUUCUGGAAGCUGAUAAUCAUGUGGUAAACUGCCUGCAGCCACAUCCAUUUGACCCAAUUUUAGCCUCAUCUGGCAUAGAUUAUGACAUAAAGAUCUGGUCACCAUUAGAAGAGUCAAGGAUUUUUAACCGAAAACUUGCUGAUGAAGUUAUAACUCGAAAUGAACUCAUGCUGGAAGAAACUAGAAACACCAUUACAGUUCCAGCCUCUUUCAUGUUGAGGAUGUUGGCUUCACUGAAUCAUAUCCGAGCUGACCGGUUGGAGGGUGACAGAUCAGAAGGCUCUGGUCAAGAGAAUGAAAAUGAGGAUGAGGAAUAAUAAACUCUUUUUGGCAAGCACUUAAAUGUUCUGAAAUUUGUAUAAGACAUUUAUUAUAUUUUUUUUCUUUACAGAGCUUUAGUGAAAUUUUAAGGUUAUGGUUUUUGGAGUUUUUCCCUUUUUUGGGGAUAACCUAACAUUGGUUUGGAAUGAUUGUGUGCAUGAAUUUGGGAGAUUGUGUAAAACAAAACUAGCAGAAUGUUUUUAAAACUUUUUGCCGUGUAUGAGGAGUGCUAGAAAAUGCAAAGUGCAAUAUUUUCCCUAACCUUCAAAUGUGGGAGCUUGGAUCGAUGUUGAAGAAUAAUUUUCAUCAUAGUGAAAAUGUUGGUUCAAAUAAAUUUCUACACUUGCCAUUUGCAUGUUUGUUGCUUUCUAAUUAAAGAAAUUGGUUGUUUUAAGAUA